CUGGGGGAGGAAGGGGGCCGGGCACUAGGGAAGGCCCCGAGCAGGCGCCGGCACCCCCCGCAGGCUCCCCGCGGCCUGCCCGAGCCCCGCGGCGCGGAGCGGCCGAACCCAGGGGCGGGGAAGGGAACGAAGGGAAGGGAAGGGAAAGGAAGGGAAGAAGGGGUCCGGCCGCCCCGGCCGGGGCAAGCGGGGAGGCGGAGGCAGGGUUGGGCAGGAGGAAGGCGGGCGGCCCGCCGCCCCCGCCGCCGGGCUGAACGCGGCCUGCGGCAGGCUGCGGCCAUCGCGGGCUCGCCGCCCCCGUGCGCCCCUCGGAGGACGGAGGGGUGGGGGCAGAGGAGGCGGAGGAAGUGGCGGCGGCGCCAGGAACAGGGAGGCGGCGGCGGCACGGCGAGGGAGGGAGCCGGAGCCGGGCCGGGCCCCGCCGGAGCAACAGCAGCGCCAGCUCCUCCUCCUCCUCCUCCUCCGGCUCGGUGAGUCCCGCUCCGCCGCCCGGGAGGCUGCUCGCCGCCCAGCCCGGAUGCCGGCGCAGGCCGGGCCGCGCCGCCGAGGUGCCCGCGGAAGGAGAGGCCCGCGCCGGGAGCGGGGCACCGCGGCCUCCGCUGGGAAAUGGCUCUUGAAGUUAAAUGAGGCUGGAUAAAACACGUAAAUGAAGCAGAAGCUGCUCUGCGUGUGUUAGGGCUAUACCACCACGAGCACUGCUGAUCAGCCAGACUUGGUAACUUGUCAUAAUGAAGAAAAUUAGUCUCAAAACAAUUCGUAAGUCCUUUAACUUAAAUAAAAGUAAAGAUGAAAGCGACUUUGUAGUGGUUCAGCAGCCAUCGUUAAAUGAAUUUGGAAAAGAUGACUCCUUGUUUGGCAGCUGCUAUGGUAAAGAUUUGGCUAGCUGUGAAGUCAAUAGUGAAGAUGAAAAAGGAGGCAAAAAUAGAUCAAAAAGUGAAAGCUUAAUGGGUACGUUAAAAAGGAGGCUUUCAGCAAAACAAAAGCAGAAGGGCAAAGGCAGCACACCAUCUGUAAGCUCUGCAGAUGAUGACACCUUUUCUUCCUCAUCUGCUCCAAUAACCUUCAAAGAUGUGCGAGCUCAAAGACCUCUGAGAUCCACUUCCCUCCGUAAUCACCAUUACAGUCCAACUCCGUGGCCCCUUCGACCUACAAAUUCAGAAGAGACUUGCAUCAAAAUGGAAGUCAAAGUCAAGGCUUUGGUCCAUUCUUCUAAUCCAAGCCCAGCACUGAAUGGCGUUCGAAAGGACUUCCAUGACUUGCAGUCAGAUAAUGUGUUCCAGGAACAAAACAAUGCAUUAAAAAAUACGGAAUCUCAGAAUGGGGACUUGCAUCUUCAUAUUGAUGAACAUGUGCCUGUAGUUAUUGGAUUAAUGCCUCAGGACUACAUUCAGUAUACUGUGCCUUUAGAUGAGGGAAUGUAUCCUUUGGAAGGAUCACGUAGUUACUGUCUGGAUAGUUCCUCACCCAUGGAAGUUUCAACUGUUUCUUCUCAAGUGGGGGGAAAUUCUUUCCAUGAAGAAGAGAGUCAAGUGGAUCAGGAUGUAGUCGUUGCACCAGACAUCUUUGUGGACCAGGCGGUGAAUGGUUUGUUGAUUGGUACCACAGGAGUCAUGUUGCAAAGCCCAAGAGUUAAUCACAGCGAUGUCCCUCCACUCUCACCUUUGCUACCUCCAAUGCAGAAUAAUCAAAUCCAAAGGAACUUUAAUGGAUUGAAUGGCACAGAUGCCCAUGUGGCUGAAAGUAUGCGCUGCCAUUUGAAUUUUGAUCCUAACACUGCCCCUGGAGUUGGAAGAGUUUAUGAUUCUGUGCAGAACAGUGGCCCUAUGGUUGUGACAAGUCUAACGGAAGAACUGAAAAAACUUGCAAAACAAGGGUGGUACUGGGGCCCCAUUACGCGUUGGGAGGCAGAGGGAAAAUUAGCUAAUGUGCCUGAUGGCUCGUUCCUUGUUCGAGAUAGUUCUGAUGAUCGUUACCUUUUAAGUUUGAGUUUUCGUUCACAUGGAAAAACGCUUCACACUAGAAUUGAACAUUCAAAUGGUAGGUUUAGCUUCUAUGAACAACCAGAUGUGGAGGGGCAUACAUCUAUAGUUGAUUUAAUUGAACAUUCAAUCAGGGACUCUGAAAAUGGAGCUUUCUGCUAUUCGAGAUCCCGAUUGCCUGGAUCAGCAACUUAUCCAGUGAGACUAACAAAUCCAGUAUCUCGGUUUAUGCAGGUGCGUUCUUUACAAUACCUGUGUCGUUUUGUAAUACGUCAGUACACCAGAAUAGACCUGAUUCAGAAACUGCCUUUGCCAAACAAAAUGAAGGAUUAUUUACAGGAAAAGCACUACUGAAAGCUUAUGGGAAUCUUGCAUCUUGCACUUUGGGAACAACAACAACAAAAAGAGAUUGAAUUACAGUUUACAGACUUUCAUUAUUAUCAAAAUCUUUUGCUGCCAUAACAAUUUCAUUUUUUUUGUGUUAAAGACAAUUAAUGCAUUUGGAUUUAUGUUUGUUUUCGUUUUUUUUGUGUAUUUUGGGGGGCUUUUUUUUUUUGAAAAGAAUGAUCUCAAGUUUAUUUUUAGAAGUGUGAAAUAGCUAUCUUUCAUCAAUGUGCAGAUUAAUCACAAUGUGAAUGAUCAAAUUCUCCUUAAUUUCCCCCAAGUCCUUUGCUGCUAUCCACUGUGAUUUUUAUGCAUUGAAAGCACAUUUCAUGUGUAUUCAACCAUAAGUAAAAGUCAAAUGAAACUUGUUGAAUGGUUUUUUUUUUUCUUUAAAAUAGCCUGUUUGAAAAAGAUGAUCAUGGAUAAAAACAUUGGUGUUCUAAACUAAAGAAUUUACAUCUAUGCUAAAAAAUGAUUUCCUAGUAUCCUAAUAAUAAAUUUCUAUAGAGAUAUGCCCUAACGUGGAAUUUAAAGAGUUGUGGGAUAAGGACAUGGUUAUGCAGCAUAUCUUUCAAAAAACAAACAAACAAAAAACAACACAAAACCAACAAAAAUAACUACAACAACAACAAAAAAGUAAAAUAAAAACACCUUUCUCUUAAGCCUUGUAUUGUCUGUACACUACUUUGUGUUUGAGAAGGUUGGUUCAGCUUUCGUAUUGUCUCAGUAUUUUGUCCUUCUAAAAAUGGCCUUUAAAAUGGAAGUCUGUGAGAAUCAAUGCUUCAUACCUGUAAGAAAAUUGCAGUAUCAUUGCAAUUGCAGGAUCAUGUCAAAUAUUACCUUUUAAAAUGCCAUAAGUUAAAUAAACGAACACCUGCCAGGUCCUCUCUUUUUCAUUUUCCCUCCUGCCUCCCCUUGAGAAGAAGAAGAAAAAUAAGGGAAAAUUAAAAAAAUAACAAUAAAAAAGGUGGGGGGAACAAAAACAAAACAAAAAAGCCUGAUUUUGUAGGAAGACUCUAGGAAUUAUUAUUAUGGAAAUGCAAAUUACUAAGCCAUUUCAGGGAUUGUGUAAAACUAAUAGGAGGAUUUCUACAAUUUAUUCAGAAUACUUGGGAUUUCAGUGUUUUCCAUUUUUCUGCAUUUUUCACUUCUAAAAUGCAGCAAUACACUAAUGUCCUUUGGAUCAUUUAUUCCUUUUUGGAUCUUUGGGGAGGAAGGAAUUGGACUAAUGAUAUUUUGGAUGGAAGAUGCUUAAAGUGAAUCUCUAAUUCUAUUUUCGUAGCCUCUGAAAUUAUGGGGAAGAGAGGUUUGGAGUGACUCUAGAAAGUGUUUCAGUUAACUGUUGUGAAAUAUGCUUUGAUAUAUGAGAUAUUGAAACAAAUAAAUGUUUAUGAUAUCUGUCAAAGAUUCUGGCAUUUGAAAAGCUUACAGUUAUUCUGACCUUUAGGGGAAAAAAAAAAAAAAAAAAAAAGACUUUUAGUUGGGAGUACAGUUAAUAUUUUCUCCAUGCAAGGUUAAUCCAUGGCAUUUUUUUUUUUCUUUUCCUCUCCAUGAUUCUGUCCCUUUUAUGAUUUACUUGUGAAAGGGGUCGUUGCUAACUUGCUAACUGACAUGGGAGGGAGGCUUACUCUGCCUCCCUCUGCCCCUGGAUUUGUAUUUUAGAAUGUCAUCUUCCAAAUCUGUGGUAGGAGCUGCUAGUCCGUAAAUAUCAGUAUAGAAAGGGCUGUUGAUACAGCUUUCUUAUUUACGUCAUUUUCUUCUCUGUUUCUCAUUUUCUAGACUUUUGUCCCCUGAAAUGAGUGUUAGUAAUGAAUACAGUAUUGCUGCAAGGUGGUGCAAUAGCACUACAUCUUGGGUUGCCUGAAUUGAUAGACAAAAUUUAUAUUUUUUUAAUUUAUUUUUUGACCAUAAUGUUUAGCAAAAAAAAAAAAAAAAAAAUCAAAGGUAGAUGAAGGCUGCCUUUGCUUUUAAGGGAGGGAGAAUAAAGAUUUCUUCUUUAGUCUGAUAAAGUUUUAAACUUAAAAGAAAAAAAAUGUAGAACUGUCUAUAUACAUAAUUUGUUGGCUCUGCCAUUGAGAUACAUGUAUGCAAGUGUGAAUUCUGUUUUCUUUUUUUCCUCUAUUGACCCCCCUCCCCCCCCAUGAAUCAGAAUCACUAACUUUAUUCAAAAAAGGCACAAUAAUCUAUAGUAUGGUACAGUGUUCUGAUUCUGUCUGUGGGGAGGAAAAAUGAAAUCAUUUUUAUAGAUUUCAGACUCAUACUUGGAAGAAAAUCUCUGGCAUUUUCUUCACUUUAAAAAUUCUUUCCCUGUACAAGCUGGAGGGCCUAUGCUUUCUACAGAAUCUUUGAAAGAUUACAGUAUAUUAAAUAUUUUCUUUGCUAUUUAAUACCAUUAUUGGGUGCGUUAAACUUAUACUAUGCCACUCGCAUUAAUUUAAUUUAGCAGUUACUGCAUUGAAACAAAUAUUUGAAGCUAUAAUAUCCCAGUUUUAUUGCUGAAUUGAACAUGUAAGAAUACAUGCUAAAUUUCUUGCCCAUGCCUUUACAAAUUUGUUUGUUCACUCAUUACACGUUAAUGCUUUUUGAAACUGUAGUUCAGCUAUCUAGUUCUUGAAUUGCCUUCCUUGCUGUGUUCUUCAUUUGUGAACUUAAUCAGGUCAACCUAACAUUGUCAUCUCCCCCACCGCCCCCAGUAAAGCUUCCACAAAAGGAAUGCUUUAAAGUAGUGGAGGCCUAGGAUGUGAGAACCAUAUAGCACUUUGAUAAAAAUGGUGGUGAUAUUUCUGCUAAGCUUAAAAUACUUUAAAUCAGUAGUAAGUAGACAAAAAAUACUUAUUUUUACAGGUUUCAUUAUUCAAAAUCCCUCUGUGUGUUUUAUACUGAGGUAACUGGCCAUCCAGGAGAAAGAACCCAGAAAAAAUGACUUUGAAAGCAUUAAGGAUGCUUAAAAUCUCUUACAAUAAUGAUUAAUAUAGAAGAAACACAGUAACAUUUAGUUAUGAAACAAUUUAGAAGUAUUCAGAAAAAAAAAAAUAAAAGUUGUGUUGACUUCAGCUUCAUAAAAAUUAGUGAAACGAAGUGUCCUUGGUAAAUAAAAAGGAAAAUAGAAGAUAUUUUGGGAACCUUUGGAAGUAGAUAAACUAGGAAAAAA